AUGACAUCGAUCUCAAUUCAUCUAAACCAUUUCCCUUGUUCCCAUUUACCGGAAGAUCUACUCAAUUCAGUUCUCGAUUGGGUACCCUAUAAUGAAAAACUUUUAUUCCCAAAAGUCAACAAAGCUUUUCGCCAAAAUUUCCUCACUUUUGGCCCAUUUGGAAGAGAUGUUCACCACAUUGAAAUUACAACUUCAACCUAUGAUACAAUGUGGGGUGGAUGGGGAAAAGAGUUAGACAAGAAUCAUGAAUAUUUCUGGCUCAAAAUCGUCGUUUUCUCAAAGAAUCGAGCACUGGCCAAUUUUUGCAUUGACAACGAAGAGCUUGAGUUGGGACGAUGGAGAGAUAUUUAUUCACCGGUGAUUGAGAGAAUCCCCUUACGGCCAGCCAUCGAUCAGCCGGAUUCCAAUGUUAACAAAAUGGGGAUUUUCCAUUGUCAAAUACCAAAAAAUGGAGCCACAAUUAUGAAAGUGAUCAUGUGUGAUUUGUAUCGAUAUUUCAAGGGAAUGCCUUUCAAAAUCAAAUACGAAAAGGAUAAAUCACUAAGCGAAUGUCAAUUGGAGCAAUGGUACAAAAAUCUUGUUGCAACGAAAUACAAAGCUGAUUUGUGGAAAACAAAUCCAGAAGCGACGAAAAUUGCUGUCAUUCGUCAUCCGCUUAAACGUUUCCUUUCUCUUUAUGGAUAUUUGUGCGAACAAGUGAAUUUGUGCGGCGUCGGGACGAAUAUUCACAAAUUUACAAAAGACGUCUACACAUUGUUGAGCACUCGAUCAGUGAAUGGAACAUUGUUCAAGGAAACGAAUCAAGCUGUUCUUGAAUAUCAUGCACAGCCGCAGACAUGGUUCUGCAAUUUAUCUACCGAUUACCAGAAAUUCCAUUUGAUUCACAAUGCUGGCGAUCGCUUGGCGAUGAGACUCGAGUUGCAGAAAGCUUUCGAUGCGGCAAAAGUGCCGAAAAAGUACUCCGAUCAGGUUCUCUUCCAUAUUGUCUAUUCCGAUACAGUUCACGCGAAUCACGAUCAAAAUCACACAAAAAACCUCAAAGCCUACAUGGAAGAAAACCCGCAAACGAUGGCUUAUUUUAAUGCGAUUUAUUACAAAGAUUUUGAGUUGCUCGGUUAU